UCGAAAAAGUUCUCAGCUGCUUGAAAAUACACAAUCCAUGAGAAGAUAUCGCUUUCGCCAACAAAACAACAAACUAUAAACUAAAAUAUCAAUACGUUUUUCCUCCCGCAUUUUCAUAAAACUGUUCAAAAUAACUACCCAAAGUGAAUGACACCUAAACAUAAAUUCGCUGAAGGCGAAAAAGUGCUAUGCUUCCAUGGGCCACUUAUUUAUGAAGCCAAAGCAUUGAAAAGCACAAUUACAAAGGAUAAGCAAAUAAAAUACUACAUUCACUACGCUGGUUGGAACAAAAAUUGGGAUGAGUGGGUCCCUGAAAACCGUGUACUGAAGUACAAUGAAGCUAACGUACAGCGUCAGAAAGAGGUAUACAAGCUGCAUUCUAAUUCUGCUGGGAAAAAUAAGAAAGGCACACCAAAGGGCAAAAAAGGUGAGGCCACCAUAGGAACCGCAUCAAAGGAUGGCACCGCUAGCGGUAGUAGUGAAUCACGCGCUUCCACACCAUCAAAAGAGUUGAACACUACACCAUUGGCAGCGCCUUCAACCACAGGUAGAGCUAAUCGGACAAAACCAGCUACUAGUACCCCAAUUGCCAAAGAUAGUGAUGCUGGAACCGUAACAAAAGAGGAAACAGGUGCUACAAUUGUCGCUAAUAAGGAUGACGCAGCCAAAGAUGAACCACCAAAAAAGAAACGUGGAGGGUCUACAUCAAAUGCUAGCGAUAAAUCCAAUUGUAGUGCAGCUGGCACAAGUACCAAUGUAACUAGCACACCUGCUACCACAGCAAGUACGAGUAUUACUCCUGCGGCAAGUCACACUCGUUUGGACACAUGCGUGGAAUCCGAAGAAACAUUCCUCUCUAAAGUGGAGGUGAAAAUAAAAAUACCAGAUGAACUAAAACAAUGCCUUGCUGAUGACUGGGAUGCUAUUACGCGGCAGCAUAAAUUACUUGACAUUCCAGCAAAAAUCACUGUACAGGAUAUUGUUGACCAAUACAUUGCCUUUAAGAAGACCUCCAAGUCGACAAAUGCUUCCAAGGAAGUAGCCAUUAACGAUGUACUAAAUGGAGUUGUCGAGUACUUCAAUGUCAUGCUUGGCUCACAAUUGCUCUAUAAAUUCGAAAGACCUCAAUAUGCGGAAAUAUUGCAACAACAUCCAGAAACAUCACUCUCUAAGCUCUAUGGCGGAUUUCAUUUGUUACGUCUAUUCGUUAAGCUGGGAUCAAUGUUAGGAUUCUCCGCGUUGGACGAAAAGUCGAUGCAGAUGUUACUGGUACACCUACAUGACUUUCUAAAAUUUCUUGUAAAGAAUAGUGCCACUUACUUCAGUAUGACAAACUUUGUCAAUGUUAGUCCGGAGUAUCAUCGCAACACUCAAUGAUUUUAAAUUUGUUGCGGAUCUGAAGUUGUACGAACGGAGACGGUAAAAUUUUGACUAGUGGGAUUGGAAGAAAAAUAAAAGGAUUUUAUCAUUUAAUCUCAUUCGCAUAUUCAUAUAACUU